UUCACAUCGGAUCAAUCUACGACACGAACUCCAGGAUGAGGUCUACACGGAGCGCGAACGAUGUGGGCCGCCUAGUCUCGAAGCUGUGGCGCCCCAGUGCAAGACUGUACUCUGUACGCUGGCAUCGUCACGGUAUGCGCUGGCAGUGCAAUUACGGCCAGCAUCGAAGAAUCCUCGUCUGGCCAGGGGACUGCCUUCUCAGUAUCCAGCAUAUCAAGUCAGGCACAACAAGCUUCCACAGAGCGCUGUCUACUGUACACGGGACGCUGAGGCUGAUCCUGGAAUGCUCCAGGGCGGCGAUAGCGUAGUACGAUUGAGCGCGGAUGGGUACGAGGCCUUACACUUCGCCGUGCCCAUGCGGGUACAUCAGUUGUUCUCAAGUUGACAGAUCGCUCUGUGCCGUAUAAAAGCUCUCGCGGACGAGGACUCUUCAGGUCCCAAAGAGCCCUCUCGCCAGGAGAUUGCAGACCAGUGGCAGAUGCGCAUCAUGCUCACCUUCAGGACCAGCUUAUGCCUCGCCUCUCUCUGCAUGUUGGCCCUAGGCAAACCCCUUUCCCGUAGCCUCCAGCUGCAAGAAUCCCGCUCGGCAGUCCCUGUAGGAUUCACGCAUGCUGGCACGGCCGACUCGGACGCGUCCACCGUGUUGAACCUUCGUCUUGGCCUCGUCAGCAGCAACGUCGACGCACUCGUCGAGAAGCUGUACGAUGUCAGCACGCCCUCUAGUCCCAACUAUGGUCAGCACCUUUCUAGGCCCGAGGCGGCAGCAUACCUUUCGCCGACUGCCGAUUCCGCCGCUGCCGUGAACGCCUGGCUGAACGACAAUGACUUGACUGCACGCACUCUCAAUAACGCAGGGGACUGGCUCGAGAUAUCCGUGCCAGUUUCGCAGGCCAACGAGCUCUUCGGCGCGGACUUCUCGGUCUUCACGCACCAGGAGACCGGCGCGCAGAGCAUCCGCACUCUCGCGUACUCCAUCCCCACCGAGCUCGCGGGCCACCUGCAGCUCGUACACCCCACCACGACGUUCACGCCGCCGUCGGCGAAGCUGCCUCUCUCGAAGCAGCGGUACACCGGCUCCUUGAAUAAGCGCCAGUCGGCGUGCAGCAGCUAUAUUGACCCGGAUUGUUUGCAGGAGAUCUACGGGAUCCCUGCGACGCCCGUGUCGAACUCAAACCCGCUAGUAGUGACGGGGUACGACAAUCAAUGGCCAAGCCCAUCGGACAUGAGUAACUUCCUCACAAACUUUCGGCCUGACAUUGAUAGUUCGACGACCUGGGCGACUUGGGGUCUGGACAAUGGCACUUGGGACCCGAGCCAGCCCGGCGACGAAGCGGAUCUCGAUGUCGAGUAUACCGUCGGCGUCGCUACAAAUGCGGACGUGUACUUCCUGUCGGUGGGCAGCGACACCGACGACGGCGUCUUCGGAUUCCUGGACACCGCCACUGCCGUGCUCGACUCAUGGAGCGAUACCUACGUUAUGACCACCUCAUACGGCUCGAACGAGGAUUCUAUCUCCACGGACGUCUUCAGCAAGCUGUGCGAUGAGUAUGCAGCGCUGGGAUCGGCUGGCAUCACUGUGUUGUUUGCCUCCGGUGAUGGGGGCGUAUCCGGCGUGCAGAGCGGAUCGUGCACGGACUUCGUGCCCACGUUCCCUGCAGGCUGUCCCUACCUAACCUCAGUCGGAGGAACGACGAGCUACAGCCCCGAGACCGCUGCCUCCCUCUCUGGAGGUGGGUUCUCCAACGUAUUCUCCACGCCGUCUUUCCAAUCUGCAGACGUUUCCGCCUACGUCUCCUCGCUCGGAGGCACCUACAGCGGGCUAUACAACCCCAACGGGCGUGGCUUCCCAGACGUCGCUGCCCAAGCUGAGAACGUCGUCAUCGCAUGGCAGGGUGGCCUCUGGACUGUCGGCGGCACGAGCUGCGCGAGCCCCAUCUUCGCGAGUGUGGUUACGCUCUUGAACGAUGAGCUCUUGAGUGCGGGAAAGAGCCGGCUUGGGUGGCUGAACCCGUGGCUAUACGCGAAUCCGGGUGCGUUAAACGAUAUCACGAGCGGUGACAACCCUGGAUGCAGCACUAAUGGUUUCUCGGCGGCGACUGGAUGGGAUCCGGUGCGUAGUACACUUCAGCGCCGCAAGACUGUGGCUGACUCGGAUCCUCGUCGAUGUAGGUCACUGGCCUUGGCUCACCUAACUUUGCUGCUUUGAGGUCUGCGGCUGGGCUGUGAGUGACAGUCCAAGGGAUAUGUUUAACCCUCGUGUUCCGUCUUUGGGGUUCUCGCGGGUUUCUGUGGGAUGUAAUCCUACUGGAGUCUCACAAUAUAACGCGUACUAACGCUGUACGAGAAUCACGGCGGAAUAGGAAUGUCAUGACUCCGAGUCAUCAUGCAUGUGCAGCGCAGGCCACAUGCCAAUGCGGAGUGUACACUGUAUAUCCUUUGAAGGAAACACAGGGUAGGUAAAUGGAACCUCAUAACGCUGUGGAUGAAAAGCGACGGAAUGAACUGGAAUCCCGGAUACCACUUCAACGCAUGCACGUUUGAACCUGCGGAUGAUGAGCCACUGGCAUCGAU